UGUCGCUGCUACGCAACAAAGUUUGGUGCGAAUUCAAAUUUUUUCGUGACCAUGUCAGAGAAAGUUAGAGAUGCCCUCAAAUCCGUAGCAGACUAUAUGUUUCUUAGCAGAAGCUCCCAUGGAGUCGUAUAUUCAAAGAAUAAACACAAAGGUAUCUGUAUAGCACCCAUAGUUACAAUAUGUAUGAUCAGAAUGUGAAUAUGUGACAAAUUUACCUUUACAGAUGGCAUUUUAUUUUAAUAGCUGUUACGCACCAUUCUGGUUCAUUGGCACACUGAUAACUCUCAUAUUAGAAUUUGAAUAUUUGGACCCUAUAUACAAGGUGAUCAACACAUCUGUGUUUGCAUUAUAUUCCGUUUUGGAAGGCCUUAGACUCUAUCUUGGCUACGCCGGCAAUCUGAUGGAGAUGGUACCCGAAUUAGCUGGAUCUUGGUUGCUGACUGUUUUAAUACAACUGCCUGCAAUUUCCUUCAUGCUGUUCAACACCCAAAUGAUACUUUCAUCAUUUGAGAGAACUUUUCAUAUCGUUGAGUUUAUUUUCGUAGUCUUUGAAUCGUUAGUUGGAUUCUUCGUCUUAAAACUAAUGGUUCAAAUUCAAGCUCUAAAGUUUCAUUCACACCUUCGAUCCCGUAAGGUUGAAGCAUUUGAAAAUAAGUCUUUUGAGUACCAGCUUUAAUUUCAUGCAAUAUACGUUAUAC